AUGACAACAUUAGUGCCCACACAACAGCCGAACGACACGUAUAUAACUUAUGCCGAUUGGGGAACAAUUGGGUCGCAAAUUAUUUUUUCCUACAAAAAUGACAUUUACUAUAAAUCCGAUGCAAACGCAGCGCCGAUAAGACUCACAAAUACGGGCAAAGAUAUGGUUAUAUAUAACGGAAUACCCGAUUGGCUGUACAGACGAGAGAUAUACUCAAACUCGCCGAAAAUGUUUUGGUUAUCACCGGUGGGAACAAAGUUGGUCUACACGACCAUCGAUGACAGCGGUGUCGACUUAAUGACAUGGCCUUUCUAUAGCACAGGCAAAUUGGCCCAGGGUUAUCAUAAUCAAUAUCCUAAAAUUGAAAUGGUCAGGUACCCGAAAGUGGGCCGACCCAACCCUACGAUUGCUCUUUAUUACAUCGAUUUGACUCAAUUGCGUGAUUAUAACGACUCGAUCGGUAAACUGACAGUUCAUUUAGAGCCACCCAAAAAUUUUAAACUACAAUCGAGUAAUGGAUGGCUAGACUUGCGUACGGCUCCUGUCGUCACACCAGACGGCGAGUCAUAUCUUAUAAAAGUACCCAAAAUGAGUGACAACGGGAAGGAUGUGUUUCCACACAUCGCCAAAGUGUCCGUUUCGUCGGCCGAAUCAUCGUUUUUAACGUCCGGUGUAUUUGAAGUGAAAGAUAUACUAAACGUAAACACAGAAAGUGAUAAAAUAUAUUUUAGGGCAACGUUUCCUUCAAAUCCCGGAGAAAAGCAUUUAAUGAGCGCUCCGUUAACCCAGUCGUCGGCGGCGUCGAAGACAGAGCCCGUGUGUCACACGUGUCUUAUCAACACAUAUAACACCGAUAGGGAUAACACAUGUCUGGUCUCUGACGCCACGUUCAGCGAAGGGGCCAAACAUUAUAUCCAUCACUGUUUAGGACCUAAUAUUCCCCAAUCGGUGAUCAGGCGGACAGUCGACGACCGCUUACUCUAUACACUCGAAGACAAUAAAAGCCUGAAGAAUAAACUUCAAGACCUAUUGGUUCCCAAAACUAUUUUCAUGAAGGUUCCGAUCGGACGCUAUCAGAUCGAUGUCCAGCUUUUUGUGCCGCAAUAUUUUGAUAGCAAAGCGCAGCAAAAAUAUGCAUUAGUUUUUCACGUUUACGGCGGACCCGGAGCUGAGAGCCAAUGCGUUUCGCACAAAUACUUUUACAAUCAAUUCGGCGCUUAUUUGGUCUCUAAUAAAAACGUAAUCUAUGCCUAUCUGGACAGCAGAGGUGCCCCAAAUCGCGGCCAGCAAUUCAUGUUUGAAAUCUAUCGCCGAUUGGGAACCGUUGAGGUCGAGGACACUAUAGCUGUGGCCCGUUAUUUCCGCGAUAAAGUGUCCUAUGUCGAUUCUAACGCCAUAGCCAUAUGGGGCUGGUCUUAUGGGGGAUAUGUGACUAUAAAGGCAUUGCAAGACGAUUACAACGACCCUGUAUUUAGCUGUGGUGUAGCGGUGGCGCCGGCAACCGAUUGGAUACUCAGUCAUCUCAGACUCAGACUCAGACUCAGUCAUCUCAGACUCAGACUCUAUACUGAACGACAUAUGGGUUUCCCCACACCUGAAGACAAUCUGCAAAACUAUCGCUUGUCGUCGACAUUGGAUAACGUGAAGCGUUUGAAUGGCAAACAGUUUCUUAUUAUAUUUGCCACCGCAGAUGUAAUUGUACACUCAAUUGAAAUAAUGAUGCUUUUGAAGGCUAUGAAUGAGGCGAAUGUGAAAUACCAAACACAGGUAUAUCCCGAUCAGAGACACGGUUUGCAGCAAUCAAUGGCACACAUGUAUACACGAAUGACCGACUUCUUUGACCAAGUACUAUAUACUAUUUAUAUAAAGCAUAACCUGAAUAAUGGUUUAUAUUAA